AUGACAAAACUUGAACCCUCGACCUCAAGAAAUAAGGACAACUAUCACGUACAUGACCUUAGAUCAAAACUGGAUAAUAUGGAACCGGCGAGUAGUGAUGUGAUUAUACCAUGGAUACAUGAUAUCCCAAUCAAGGAGGAUGAAGAUAUGACACAUAUCCUAAUUCGUUGUCCUAUGGCAACUGCAGUCUGGGGGUUGGUGUUCAAAUGAUUCAUCAACACGUCAGAUGCAUCCCCUGUGGCCCGAUUAGAGACUACUCAAGGAGACCCACCAGAGGUUCAAACAUCAAGAGGUCGAAGCCUUGUAUCAGUUAUCAAACGGCUCCGGCUAAGGAAGGGGCAUCGUCUUCUUCCCCCUUCGACUAAUCAGGAACGAGAAAAGGAACAUAACGACACCGAAGCAACUCCGAUGGGCAUCGAUCGUGGGUGGGUCGGAGAAGUUACUCCGGGGGUGACAUCGGCGUUGGUGGGUCAACGAGUAAAGGCAGAAGGAAAUGGGGAACGAAAGGCAGAUCAGGGAAGGAAGGAAUAUGAACGAAAUCAGGAAAUCGGUGGGUCAGUGGCUCUUAAUCAUGAAAUCCGUACGUCUACCAAACAAAGAACCCGAAGAUGUUGGAUUACUCACAACUGGAAUCAACGAUUUCAUAUAAGAAACCUUCCCGAAGUCGAAAUUGAACCAAAAUCGAUUCUCGGUUACACUUUCUCCGGUAGAAGAUCCAUCGGAUUUCUUCGCACAUACGAUUAA